AUGCCAGAUUCUUGGGUUGAAAAAUUGGUACUGACGAUGACGAAGAUUACGAACAAAGCUUAUAAGUAUUAUGAGUCAGUGAAUGAUCCUCGUGACAAAGAUCUACAAAUGGAUUUUUACUGGCAAGCAAGAGUUGAUGGUUUGCGCUGUUUAGAAGCAGAUCCAUUAUAUUUGCGAGAACACGUUAUGGAACGUCAAAAUAAAUUAUAUUUUCGCGAAGCAGUAUUUUCUCCGAAAGAAAAUCCAGUGUCUGAAAAAGUAGAAGAUGAUCGCAGAACAAUUACGACCAUCACCGAGAAAUAUUAUCGUCUACCCAAUAUGCUUCCAUCAGAAUGCAUAGCCACUAAAAUUUUUUUAUUGUCUAAGGAUGAAAUAGAAUUAAUAUAUCACUAUGACGAAAACUGUGCAACUGCGAAUAGACGACAUUUUAUAAAACCUUUGAUAGCCGAUGUAGGGGAAAAAUUAUUAUGGAAUCCUGACCUAACUUCUGGAUACUGUGUGAAACAAUUGAAAGCGGAAGAAGAAACGAUAAAAUGUGUACGUCGUGCUGAGAAUUUAGUAGAUCGUUUAGUACAGUUGAGAAUAUCAGAACAUAAUGCACCAAGUUUAACAGUUGGGCUAUUCGAUAGAAAGCGCAAUCAAGAUUUGCUCAAUGAAUACUUACAAAAGAAACAAGAAAUGUUGGAGCAAAGUCUUAGAGAGGUUGAGUCGUCGUACGAUUUACUGGGACCUACUUUAGCUAUUGCUGGAAUCAUGUCGAAAUUUAAUUAUACUGACAUAACUCCUCAGCAAGCCGAAAAUCUUAAGACAAAUUGCCUUGCUGAGUACCAAGAACGUAUGCUCAAUCGCGCCAAUAAUAUGCAAGCACAAUACGAUGCGCUCGCCGAAGAAAUUAAAGCAAAACGAGCACGAUAUUCGUUGAAUAUUAAUGAAAUGACCAAAGAAGAGGAAGCUGCAUACUUCAAAGAAUGUGGUACAAUGGCAUUUCGCUUGCAUGUGCUAGAAUUAAGGUUAGGAGACCAUGCACGUAAAUCUGCAGAAGGAUACGCUAAGCUUAAAGAAUGGCUUAAUAAUGAUAGUCGUUUGAAACCAGAUGAUGGAAAAAAUUCAGAAGUUUUAAAAAUAAUACCAGAAUCUAAAUAA